AUGUUGAAAUCACUGUUCCAGGGCGAUAAACGCGAGCGUCCGGCGUACGCCUUGGUGGAGCACGUGUGUAAUCCCAUCGGACGUCCGCGAGAGAUGCAGUUGGAGAUUAAUCUUCGGUUGUGUGACAUGGUGAACGGAGAUUUCGUCGCACACGGGAAGGAUGCGGUGAAGGCGUUGCGAAUCAAGUUGGACAAGGAGCGGGACGCGGAGGCGCUGACGCGGGGUUUAUUCGCACUGGAGAUGGUGAUGAAGAAUUGCGGGGCGAAGGCGCACGCGAUGGCGGCGGCGAAGGAUAUUCCGAAAGCCAUGGUGCGGCUGUGCGAGCGGGCGCCGAAUUUGGACGUGCGCGAUAAGUGCCUGGAGCUCACGCAGGAGUGGGCUACGAACUUGAGGCGGUGCCCAGAGUUCGCCAUGGCGUACAGUGAGCUCAAGGGGCGGGGAUACAGAUUUCCUCCGUUGGCGCCGAGGAGUUCGCCGACGACUUCGAACGCGUCAAGCGCUCGGCAGCACUGGAGUACGAACGAGGGCAUCUCGGAGGAAGAUCGACGGGCAAUCGCGCAGGCAAUCGCUGAGGCGGAGUGCGAAGCUCAGGAGGAUGAGAUUCGACAGGCGGAGAUGCAGUCGGAGAUGCGACGCCGAACGUCUGAACCGCAGCCUCGAGGGCACGCGCUCUCAGGGAUUUACGCCGGUAACAUUCCGACCGGGCUUCCCGUGGAAGUUCCGCCACACUUAGCGAGUAGUCCACCGAAUCAUUACGUUGCACGUAUCGCGGGUGUUGGUUCAAGCGACAGUGAGCUGCAACGCGCGAUUCGAGAGAGCGAGGCGAUGGCGGCGGAACACGCUGCACGAACAACGGCGACCAGCGCGCCGGUAACAUACACAGCGGCCGACGUCGAAAAGCUCAAAGGCGAUGUCGCAGUCGCGCGGCAUUCACUCGAAACGUUUACGUCGGUGCUGGAUGCGUGCGUCGCGACAACGACGCCGGCGCCGAGCGAAAUCUCGAGAGAGUUGGCCACGCAGUGUCGCGCGAUGCAUCCGCGCUUGAUCGAGCUCAUCUCCAACGCAGAGGACGAAGGUUUGCUCAUGAGCGCAAUCGAGUUGAACGAUGCGCUGACGAGGCAGAUAGAAAGGUUCGAUCUGUUGGUUCGAGCGGCGUCAGGGGACGCAACCGCGCGCGCAUCGCUCGCGCCGCCAACUCUAGCGCCGCCGACGUCGACUCAAACGGUUGACGAUAUUCUGAGCGGUUUGGACAGGUUGUAUGGCGCUUCCGUUUCGGGCGGCGCGCCGGUGUCCAAGUCAGCGAAUCCAUUUGGUGACGUUGUGCCGACGCAGGCGGUGCAAACACCGGUAACGUACUCGAUGUACGCUGGUCCGUCGUCGUCCGGCAAUCCGUUUGAAAGCGCUUCGAUGACCGUCCCGCGAAGCUCCGGGCCGGCUUUCGUGCCCGAGAUGCAAACCAACCCUGCAUUCGCCCAAUGUGAUGAUUAUUACGCCCCACCGCAGGGCGCGCGUAUGGCUCGUCCGAUGUCGGGGAGUCCAGCGUCUCCAGGGACUUCGCCCGGCAUGCGAGGCUCGCGACCGGCGCCAGGGACAUCGCCGAGCAGAGGAGGCCUCACCCCGUUCGCCGAUCUGGCGUCGAUCGCAGCUUUUCGCGCGAGACGUACGAGUGACGAUGGGGGCGCCGACGGCGACGCCAUCGCGAAGAUUUAG